CCUGCGACGCUUGUCUUCAUCGACCUCUCGAUCCAUUGAGUUUACUAAUAAAUUCUUGUUGGGAUAUAUUCCUCCAUUUCCCCUCCUCCUCCCAACAACAAUCUGGUCGAUCUCUCCCGCCAAACCCAAAACCCCCCAAAAAAAAAAAACACCCAACCCAAUCCGAUCCCAUAGAAACUCUCUCAGUUUCAGUUCGAUCGAUCGCUCCCGUCUCGAUCGUUUGCACAAAAACAUGGCCUUCAACCUGGCUCAGUGCGCCACCGCUGCGGCGUCCGUCGCGCCCCGCACCCCUCGCCCUGCUAGGUCCGCGGUCGCGGCGUCCGUGUCUGUCUCCACAAGGAAGGCGGCGGACGGCAGGCUGCGGCUGCAGCGGCAGGCGAGCUGCGAGCCGUCGGUGGCGCCGUCGCGUUCGGUGUUCUGCCGGGCCGCGGUGUCGGGGAAGAGCGCGGCCGACCGGGCCGCCUCCACCAGGAGGAGGUCCGGCGUGCCGGUGUUCGUCAUGAUGCCGCUGGACACCGUGAAGAAGUGCGGCAGCGCGCUGAACCGCCGCAAGGCGGUGCAGGCGAGCCUGUCCGCGCUCAAGAGCGCGGGCGUGGAGGGCAUCAUGGUGGACGUGUGGUGGGGCAUCGCCGAGAGCGACGGCCCCGGGAGGUACAACUUCGCGGGGUACAUGGAGCUCAUGGAGAUGGCGCGCAAGGCCGGGCUCAAGGUGCAGGCCGUCAUGUCCUUCCACCAGUGCGGCGGCAACGUCGGCGACUCCGUCAACAUCCCGCUGCCGCGGUGGGCCGUGGAGGAGAUGGAGAAGGACCAGGACCUCUGCUACACCGACCAGUGGGGCCGACGCAACUACGAGUACGUCUCCCUCGGCUGCGACGCCAUGCCCGUCCUCAAGGGCCGCACCCCCGUCGAGUGCUACACCGACUUCAUGCGCGCGUUCCGGGACCACUUCGCCGACUACCUCGGCAACACCAUCGUGGAAAUCCAGGUCGGCAUGGGCCCCGCCGGCGAGCUGCGCUACCCGUCGUACCCGGAGAGCAACGGCACCUGGAAGUUCCCCGGCAUCGGCGCCUUCCAAUGCAACGACAGGCACAUGCGUAGCAGCCUGAAGGCGGCGGCGGAGGCGGCCGGCAAGCCGGAGUGGGGCCACGGUGGCCCCACGGACGCUGGCGGCUACAACAACUGGCCCGAGGACACCCUCUUCUUCCGCGCCGACAACGGCGGGUGGAGCACCCAGUACGGCGACUUCUUCCUGUCGUGGUACUCGCAGAUGCUGCUGGAGCACGGCGACCGCAUCCUGUCGGGCGCCACGUCCGUGUUCGGCGCGUCGUCGCCCGUGGAGGUGUCCGUGAAGGUGGCCGGCAUCCACUGGCACUACGGCACCCGGUCGCACGCGCCGGAGCUGACCGCGGGGUACUACAACACGCGGCACCACGACGGGUACCGCCCCAUCGCGGACCUCCUGGCCCGCCACGGCGCCGUGCUCAACUUCACCUGCGUGGAGAUGCGGGACCACGAGCAGCCGCAGGAGGCGCAGUGCAUGCCGGAGCACCUGGUCCGGCAGGUGGGCGCCGCGGCGCGCGCAGCGGGCGUGGGCCUCGCGGGCGAGAACGCGCUGCCCAGGUACGACGGCACGGCGCACGACCAGGUGGUAGCCACCGCCGCGCAGCGCGCCGCCGAGGACCGGAUGGUGGCGUUCACGUACCUGCGCAUGGGGCCCGACCUCUUCCACCCGGACAACUGGCAGCGGUUCGCCGCCUUCGUGCGCCGCAUGAACGGCGCCGGGUCGUGCCGGGAGGCCGCGGAGCGGGAGGCGCACGGCGUCGCGCAGGCAACCGGGUCGCUGGUGCACGAGGCCGCCGUCGCGCUGCGGAGCUGACCCCCACCGGAAGCCGCCUGCGAUGGAUUUGAUUGUGUAGGGGUUGGGAGCUCGGGUUCUUGUUGGGUUUUUCCUUUUGGGGUGGGGAGAGAGGAGAGGGAGCGCUGCCGAGAGCGAGCAGAGACUCUCGUGCAGCUCAUCCCGCGUAGACGACGAGAUUGUGACGAAGCCGGGGAAAAGGGAGGGGAGGACAAAAGAUUGUUUUUUUUUUGUCACGUUUCAGGCUCCGACCAUCACCGGAGUUUGUUCGGGGAAUAUAUCCAUGCAUUUCCUGCAGAAAUCCGCAGAAAAUGCCGUACGUGUGUCCUGCACUGGCUGAUUCGGUGCUGCUUCCAUUUCAGUCUA